AGAAUUUGAUAAUCACAAAAUUAUCGCAAAUUAUUUAAUUGACAUGUCCAAACAGAGUUGACUGCUAGCCGAUCCGCCCCUCCUUGAAUAACGGUAAUAGAAUGGCAGAACGUAAAUACAACCACAAUCAAAGCCACGUUAAUGUUUGGAGGCCAUGCGAUCCUCCAAGACCUUACUUUUGGCUCUUCCCUUUCUCAUCAUGCUCACCUUCCUCCUCCGCCACAAGCCCUCCGAUCGCUUCACCGACGCUACACCUUUCUUCAACAACCUUAUUACGCCCCCUUUACUAGAAGUUGAUGUCCUCCAACAUGUUGACAUUGCUGAAGACAAACUGCUUGGAGGACUGCUUGCUGAUGGGUUCGAUGAACAAUCAUGUUUAAGUCGAUACCAGUCGAUUUUAUAUCGCAAAGCUUUACCUUACAAGCCAUCUCCAUACCUUGUUUCUAAGCUAAGAAAAUAUGAGGACCUCCAUAAACGUUGCGGACCCAACACUCCGUCCUACAAUAAAGCAGUGGAACAACUCGAGUCGGGUAGCAAUGUCGUCGGCACGACAGACUGUAAAUAUGUUGUCUGGGUAUGGUACAGUGGGUUGGGGAACAGGAUUUUGGCUCUGGCUUCAGUGUUUCUCUAUGCUCUUUUAACCGAAAGAGUGUUGCUUGUGGACCGAGGGAACGAUAUGGCCAGUUUGUUCUGCGAGCCAUUCCCAGAGAGAUCAUGGUUUUUGCCCAUGAAUUUCCCAAUUGCUAAAAAGUUCAGUAGCUUUGAUCAAAAGUCUGCUGAAUCCUAUGGGAACUUGCUUAAGAAUUACAUGAUAAAGGCUUCAAUGGGAUCAUUGCCAUCAUAUAUGUAUCUGCAUCUGGCUCAUGAUUAUGAUGAUCAUGAUAAGCUUUUCUUUUGUGAUGAUGAUCAAGCUCUUUUAAAAAGGUUCACUUGGUUGGUUGUUAAAACAGACAACUAUUUUGUUCCAUCUCUCUUUUUGAUGCCAUCAUUUGAGGAUGAACUGAAGAAGCUGUUUCCCAACAAGGAAACCAUAUUUCAUCACUUGGGUAGGUAUCUUUUUCACCCUUCAAAUCAUGUGUGGGGAAUAAUCACAAGGUACUAUAAAGCAUACUUGGCCAGGGCAGAUGAGAGGGUUGGCAUCCAGGUAAGGAUUUUCGAUAAAGGACCUGGCCCGUACCAAUACGUGAAGGAUCAAAUUUCAGCUUGUACUAUAGGAGAGAAGUUGUUGCCUGAAGUGGAUACUAGACGAUUGGCUGUGAAUCCGUCAAAAAACCCGACGGUGAAAGCUGUUUUGAUGACUUCUCUGGUUUAUGGAUACUAUGAGAACAUGAAGAACAUUUACUGGGAACACCCUACGGUGACCGGUGAUAUAAUUGGGGUUCAUCAGCCAAGUCAUGAAGAACAACAGCGGAGUGAAAAGCCCUUGCACAACAUGAAGGCAUUGGCUGAAAUGUAUCUGCUUAGUUUAACUGAUGUGUUAGUCACAAGUGCAUGGUCUACAUUCGGGUACGUAGCUCAGGGUCUUGGAGGUUUAAAGCCAUGGAUCCUUUACAAAUCCGAAAAUCAAACAACCCCAAAUCCACCUUGUCAACGUGCCAUGUCAAUGGAGCCUUGUUUCCAUGCUCCACCAUUUUAUGACUGCAAAGCUAAGGAAGGUAUCGACACAGGUAAAGUUGUUCCACAUGUCAGACAUUGUGAAGACAUUAGUUGGGGUCUUAAAGUGGUAGAUAGGUAAACUGAGUUAUAGCUCUUACAGGGAUUUUUAUUUUCCACCCAAAUUUCUCUAGAAAAUUUUGAUAGAACUGCAAUAUAUCUCAUUGAACUGUGAAGUUACCUUAUUCUGUGCGGUUUUUCUGUAAAUAAGCUUGCUUUUUUAUUUUUCUGUAUAAGAUUUGUGAGAUUGAGGUUCAUCAUUGCAUAUCAGAUUCCGUUCCUUUUUUAUCAUUAGCUAUAGUUCUCUGAGACAA